AGAAAGAUGCAGAAAAGUGGGAAGAUGCUGAGGAUAGACAUCUGUGGCCUUGCAUUCGAUUGAUGGAGAGUAAAAUUUUUCUUCUUAUGAUGAUGGGAUGGGAAAUUAGCCUUGUAUUAAGGAAUGAAUAUCAGCCUUCGUUCUGGUCUUACUCAAGAAAACUGCUGACGGAGCCCAUGGAAAAAAAAAGUUUCAGAUAUAAAUGUUGCUUUCCAGAGUCUGCAGCAGAAGGUCUAUAUUUGUCAAUAACCAGUGGGAUAUUAAACGUAUUCUAGAAUUUGAAGGUUCAUUACGUUGCAUUUCCAGGAAUUAAAAGAUCAGGAGAGUAAGUUAAGAACUCUAGUUUUUUCCACCUACUUCAUCAUCCAAAUUGAUGCUUUUAAGUUAGCAGACUUACUUUGGAAAAAUACUUGGAGAUGUGCUCUACAGAUUUAUGCCUUUGAAAUGUGGGUCGUCUCCUUUGAUCUGAUGGGCUCCUAGCAUGAAAAAUCACAGAUUUUAACUGAUAAGAAUGAAGAUUUGUUUCAUUUCAUACCACACUGGUAAUUGGGGAGUGUUUCACCUACUGGAAGUUUAUUACGGGGCAAAACAGGAGUAGACCCUACACCAUGGCAGAGAAGUGUGAUUACAUUGCAAGUGUGUACGGUUAUGAUCUGGGUUGCCGUUUCAUCAACUUCAGACCCUUGGGCUUUGGUGUGAAUGGGCUGGUUCUGUCUGCAGUUGACAGCAAAAGCUGCUGCAAAGUCGCCGUGAAAAAGAUCGCCAUCAACGACGCACAGAGCCUGAAGCAUGCUUUCCGUGAGAUCAAGAUAAUCCGCCGCCUGGAUCAUGACAACAUUGUGAAGGUCUAUGAUGUCUUAGGACCCAAAGGAGCAGACCUUCAAGGAGACUUGUUCAAAUUCAACGUGGUGUACAUCAUCCAGGAAUAUAUGGAGACUGACCUGGCCCGUCUAUUGGAGCAAGGACCACUUUCAGAGGAACACGCUAAACUUUUCAUGUACCAGUUGCUCAGAGGCCUGAAAUACAUCCAUUCAGCCAAUGUCUUACAUAGGGAUUUAAAGCCUGCCAACAUUUUCAUCAAUACUAAUGACUUGGUGUUGAAGAUUGGUGACUUUGGAUUAGCCCGAGUCGUGGACCAACAUUACUCGCACAAGGGUUACUUGUCCGAAGGCCUCGUAACCAAAUGGUAUCGAUCUCCUCGCUUGCUCCUGUCACCCAACAACUACACCAAAGCCAUUGACAUGUGGGCAGCUGGGUGCAUUCUGGCAGAAAUGCUUACGGGAAAGAUGCUUUUUGCUGGAAGCCAUGAGCUGGAGCAGAUGCAGCUCAUUUUAGAAACAAUUCCUGUCUUCCGUGAAGAGGACAAGGAAGAGUUGCUCAGAGUGAUGCCAACUUUCAUCAAUAGCACCUGGGAGGUGAAAAAGCCAUUGCGGAAGCUUCUUCCUGAAGUGAACAGCAAAGCUAUUGAUUUUUUGGAGAAGAUACUGACGUUCAAUCCCAUGGACCGGUUGACAGCAGAGAUGGGCCUUCAGCAUCCUUUUAUGAGGCCGUAUUACUGUCCCGAGGAUGAGCCUGUUUCCCAGCACCCUUUCCGGAUUGAAGAUGAAAUUGAUGACAUUUUGUUGAUGGAAGCUAAUCAGAGCCAGAUGUCCAACUGGGACAGAUAUCAAGUAAGCUUAUCCUCGGAUUUGGAAUGGCGACAUGAGAAAUGCCAUGAUUUGGAUGAGGUGCAACGUGAUCCCCGAGCAGGAUCAGAAUCUAUUGCUGAGGAAGCUCAAGUGGAUCCACGUAAAUAUUCCCAGAGUAGCUCGGAGAGAUUUUUGGAGCAAUCACAUUCUUCAAUGGACCGAGCAUUUGAAGGGGACUCUGGGCAUUCCUGUGAUUAUAAGGUGGGGUCACCUUCUUACUUAGACAAGUUGCUGUGGCGAGACAACAAGCUCCACCAUUACUCCGAACCCAAGCUCAUUCUAGACUUAUCCCACUGGAAAAGAGCAUCUAUUGCACCCGCUGCAGAGAUAACUCUAGAAGAAGAACCAUCCAACCUUUUUCUAGAGAUCGCACAGUGGGUAACCAGCACCCAGACAGGACUCGAAUGUCCCAAUGCUCUUCCAGAGAUUCAGGAACGGAGUUUGCCAUCUUCUCCUCCUCAUCUCCACAAAGAAUCCAAGGAGGUUGACCAGAAAACUGAUCCUCAAUUUGACCUGGAUGUCUUCAUUUCCAGGGCCUUAAAACUUUGCACAAAGCCGGAGGAUCUGCCUGAUAACAAACUCAAAGACAUCAACGGAGCAUGUCUAGCAGAACACCCGAAAGAAAUUGUACAGACAGAAGGGUAUCAUAAAGAGAGGUGGUAAAUAAAGGGACAGAAGUAGGCUUAUAGUAUCCCUGGCUAGUCUCCUCUAAAAUUCAGUUUUAACACAGUACCCACAUAGUGAUUAAUUGUAAUCAAGGUUUGAAUACACAUGGAACACAUCAGCUUUUUGUCUGAUAAUUGUUGGAAUGCCUUCAAGUUAAAGGCAAGCACAAUCCAAGCUCUUGUCUUCUGUGUCUUGGGAGCUAACCUAACAAGUAAUCUGGAGAUGUGAAUGAAAUAUUGGGAUUUUUUUUAUGCUGCCUUAACAGUCUUGCCUUUACCUAUGGACAUCAGCUUUCAGUACAGAAAAAUCCUUAAAUCCAAAGGAUGCUAUUCUGUUAGUUCUGCAAGUAUUUUGUUCCGUUAUGAGAAUCAAACGGUGUUAAAAGAUCUUCCUGUGGAAAACCAGGCGCCUCUGUUUGGAAUUAUAUGAUCCAUACUGGCCUGGCACUUUUCCUGAAAGCCCAAAGACUUUAAUGUUUAUUACCCCUGCCAUCCUUACUGCUACCUUUGCAAGGCCGGGCUGUAUUACUACCCAUACACUUCAUCAGCCAUCCUUAACCAAGCAACCUCCGAAUGUGUGGAGCUUGCAAACCUCAGAAUCCCCACCCAACACAACUUUGGGAAAUCUAGGUGUUGCAGCCACAACUCAUGCCAGUGGCCCUAGAUUGGGAAAUGCCACAUUACAGAAUGAAGCAUUGGCUUAGAGGCAUGACCUUACUGAUUAAUCAGUUGACAGCUGAGCUGAGAGCUGCAACGAGACAUUUUGACAUGUAGCUCCUGCUCAUAACUAUGGCAUAGUAGUAGUUUGUUAGCAAGGGACCAUAACUGACGAGGAGAUGUGGGUGGGUGGGUUUCUGUUAUCUUCUUCAAUAGAAAUAUCAGUGUCCCAGUAGCUAACUCUGUUGGUGCCCAUCCAACUCCCUGUCCUGUCUUAAUUAGGGUGGGUGAGUUGGCAAAGAUCCUUUCAAUUGUUUAAAUAAUAAAUGAUAGCUAGCAAGUUGCAAAGCAAAACACCAGCUUUUGGCAUCUUCUUUGGUUACCAAACCACAUAGGCCUCCUUAGGAAAUAAAGAUGAUGUGUAGCUAUGGCCCAUAGCUUUGCUUAGGAGUGUAUCAAUCCACCUACCCAGAAAAAAAGACAUAUCACUUGAAAAUGAUAAGAUACAUCCCAGGAGUCUGGAUAAGGUAGGCUGCCAGUCCGUUGGACAGCCUGCAUUUUUAAAAAUUGCCCCUCUGUCCAUCUCCACCCUCUAGUGGGCUCACCGUCAGUCUAUUUUUUUAAGUUGGAUUUGCUUCAGUCUCCUCUCCUGACGGGGUACAUAUCUGCACAGCAAAAAUCUGGAUCACUAGAUGUAAAGAGUUAUUGUUUUCAGUAUCGCUAUGCUGGUCACUGGCCAUCAGAAGUUUUGCAGCACAAAUAUUGGAGUUCUCACUCCCAGUGGCACAUAGAUAGGACUUAGGCAGUAAGACUACACCCUAGAUUGACUUGGCCAUUUGCCAAGGAAUCUGCAUGGUGGCCAGGCAGAAUGGUCUGGGCAGGAAGAGAGUGAGGAAGACAAACGAAUAUAUAUAGCU